AAAAGUAAGGAGAAGGAAGAAUAAAGCUUUGGUUGAGACUUGAAAGGUCAAAUUCUUUCAAGGUUUGGUUUUGGAGGCGAACUCUGCAUGAAAUUGCAGAGAAAUUUGGUUUAACAUUACAUUCCAUGGAUUGUGUCUACAUGAAUCCCCAUGAAGCCAUUGAAGCACGUGUGAAACACCUUCUUUCUCUUAUGACAUUGAAGGAGAAGAUUGGUCAGAUGACACAAAUUGAGCGCUCAGUUGCUACCCCUUCUGCCAUCAAACACUUCUCAAUUGGGAGUGUAUUUAGUGCUCCACACAAUGGAGUGAAUGGACCUUUUGAGAAGGUACUCUCAUCUGAUUGGGCUGAUAUGGUGGAUGGGUUUCAGAAGUCGGCACUUGAGUCACGGUUAGGCAUACCAAUCAUUUAUGGGGUCGAUGCAGUUCAUGGUAAUAACAGUGUUUAUGGUGCUACUAUAUUCCCUCACAAUGUUGGCCUUGGAGCUACUAGAGAUGCACAUCUAGUUCAAAGAAUUGGAGCAGCAACAGCUCUUGAACUUAGAGCAAGUGGAAUUCACUAUACUUUUGCUCCUUGUGUGGCAGUAUGCAAAGAUCCCAGAUGGGGAAGAUGCUACGAGAGUUAUAGUGGAAACACUGAAAUAGUCAGAAAGAUGACUUCUGUUGUUCUAGGCUUGCAGGGUCAUCCUCCAGAAAGACAUCCGAGGGGCUACCCUUUUGUGGAUGGGAGUUGGUACUUCAGGAACAAUGUUAUUGCCUGUGCCAAGCAUUUUGUUGGAGAUGGAGGUACAUUGAAAGGUGUAAAUGAGGGGAAUACCAUACUAUCAUAUGAAGAAUUGGAGAGGAUCCACAUGGCCCCUUACGUGGACUGCAUAGCUAAGGGAGUUUCUACCAUUAUGGUCUCAUAUUCCAGCUGGAAUGGAAAUAAACUCCAUGGUCACCAUUUUCUACUUACUGAAAUUUUGAAAGAGAAACUAGGUUUCAAGGGAUUUGUGAUUUCUGACUGGGAGGGAAUUGAUGAAUUAUGCUCACAUUAUGGGUCAGAUUAUCGAUAUUGCAUCUCCACUGCCAUUAAUGCUGGAAUUGACAUGGUGAUGGUUCCUUUCAAAUAUGAAAUAUUUAUAGAAGAGUUGAUGUCUCUAGUUCAAUCAGGGGAAAUUCCAAUAGCCAGAAUUGAUGAUGCUGUUGAGCGCAUUUUGAGAGUAAAGUUUGCGGCCAAACUUUUUGAGUUUCCUCUAACAGACAAAACUUUGCUGGAUGUAGUUGGUUGCAAGCUACACAGAGAUCUUGCACGUGAAGCAGUUCGAAAGUCCAUGGUUCUGCUGAAAAAUGGAAAGGAUACUAGUAAACCCUUUCUUCCACUGAACAAGAAUGCCAAAAGAAUCCUUGUUGCUGGAACUCAUGCUGAUGACAUCGGGUAUCAAUGUGGAGGAUGGACAGGUACUAAGUAUGGAUCUAGUGGCCAAAUCACAAUCGGCACAAGUAUCUUGGAUGCUGUUAAGGAAACUGUGGGGAAUGAAGUAGAAGUUAUCUAUGAGCAAUGUCCAUCAGCAGACACCAUAGAACGUUACGAGGUUUCUUUUGCCAUUGUUGUGGUUGGAGAAGGUUCCUAUGCUGAAUGUGGAGGUGACAAUUCAGAGCUUGUUAUCCCAUUUAAUGGUGAUGGAAUUAUAAGCUUAGUUGCUGAAAAAAUCCCCACACUUGUGAUUCUGAUAUCUGGUAGACCUUUGCUCUUAGAACAGUGUCUAUUGGAAAAGAUAGAUGCUCUUGUUGCUGCAUGGUUGCCAGGUACUGAAGCACAGGGAAUCACAGAUGUUAUAUUUGGAGAUCAUGACUUCAAAGGUCAACUACCAAUGACUUGGUUCAGGAGAGUUGAACAGCUUGAUCAAACAGUUGUUGAAGUUGGUUCAUCUGACCCUUUAUUCCCUCUUGGUUAUGGCCUGGACUAGACUAGGCCCAACCUAUCUGGCAUAGUCCCACUCGGGUAAAAAUUCAUGGAAAUGGUAUAAAAAGAGUUCAUUGUUUAUGAGAUAAAACUAUUCAUUUAUUAUAUUAUGCAUUGCAUCUGACAUAUUGUUGACUUGAGCAUAGAAGUGUCUUGUAAACAGAUCUGUCCAACCAAUUGGCUGAGGAAGAUGAUCAAAGUAAGGAAGGGAUCAUCUCGAGGCAUAGGAGAAUCUUGUAAGGACAACUCGGCUCUUUGCAAGAACAUCUUAUUCUGUAUCUCAUGAUGUUGUGUAAUGGAUAUUUCAAGCAUCUUCACUGGCCUAUCUGGUCUUGUAAUAUUGUUGAGAGGACAUGUCCUUUACCUUUUUAUUCCUCCAUAAAUGCCUAAAUUGUUAACCUUUGUGCCUAUAUUGUGGUUUAUUCCCAUUGGUCUGAAUCUUUUGGGAGACAAUUGCAAUCACCCAAUGGGGUAUGAUGCACCCA